AUGGCGGAUUCUACUGAAUCGUCCGCAAAGCCCCAUGUGGCCACAAUCAUGGCGGAUUCUACUGAAGCACCAAAGCCCCAUGUGGUCUCAACCAUCGCUAGUGUUGAUAUCGACCCCCAGGCAGAGCGGGCAUUGGUCUGGAAAUUCGAUCUUCGUCUGCUGCCCGUUCUGGCAACCAUGUACCUCUUCAAUAGUCUUGAUAAGUCCAACCUAGGAAACGCAAAGACGGAUGGGCUUGAAGAAACGCUCCAUCUCAAAGAUAACCAGUACAAUAUGCUUCUGAGCAUUUUUUUUGUGCCGUACGUCCUGACGGCACCUUUUCUUGGCUUACUGGGGAAAAAAUAUGGCCCGAAUAUCGUCCUUCCAAGCAUGAUGCUUACCUUCGGUUUAUGCACUAUUUUGGUGGUUGCCGUGUACAACUUCAGUGGUCUUUUUGCUAUCCGGUGGUUUUUGGGAAUGUCAGAGAGUGCAUUCUUUCCUUUGGUGAUCUACUACCAGACAACUUUCUACCGCCGAGGUGAACUUGCCCGUCGACUAGCCAUCUUCUAUGCUGCACAAAGCAUUGCCUCUGCAUUCUCUGGUUUAUUAGCGUUCGGCGUGUUCCGCAUAGAGACCGGUCCAUUAGCGUCAUGGCGCUACCUGUUUCUAAUUGAGGGUGGGGGCACUGUGCUCUUUGCCCUUUUUGCCCUGUGGUACCUGCCCAGAUCCGCCUCCGAAGCCCGAUUCUUGACACCUGAGGAAAAGGAGCUUGCAUAUCUUCGACUCCGCAUCGAUAGUUCCUCUGUCGUGAAUGAGAAGUUGAAUAUCCGGGAUGCCUUCCGGAUCUUCAAGCACUGGACUAGUUGGGCCAUUUUGGCUAUCCAGAUCUGUCUUGGUGUGCCACUCCAAGGAGUGCAACUGUUUCUGCCCGUCAUUAUCAAGCGCCUUGGCUACAGCACCGUCAAAACUAAUUUAUACACCGUGGCACCUAAUGUGUCGGGUGCCGCCAUGUUGCUCAUUCUGGCCUUCUGCAGUGACUGGACCAGAUGGCGAUUCCCCUUUAUUGCACUGGGCUUCCUGUUCACUUUUGUGGGCUUUAUCAUUUACGCAGCCAUUGAUGUUGAGCAUGAUCUAAGUGUUGCUUACUUUGCAACUUUUAUGAUGACUUGGGGUACAUCGGCACCUUCUGUUCUCCUUGAUUCUUGGUACAAUAAUAACGUUGCCAAUGAGGGACGACGUGUCGUUCUGACUAGUAUUGCUGUCCCAGUCGCCAACCUCAUGGGAGUGGUCAGCUCCAACAUUUUCCGCAGUCAGGAUGCACCCAAGUAUCUUCCAGCUUUGAUCACUACCGCUGCCUUUGGCGGCACUGGAAUUAUUUUGACUUUGGCUCUUGGUCUUUGGAUGAUGAUGGAUAAUAAAAAAAGAGACCGGAGGCAGGGUGUCCAUGUCAAAGCAAGGGAUAUCGCUACUGAAAACCUAGAUGACGGGCCUGCAAGUGACGACUUCCGGUGGUUCUAUUAA